AAAGCUUCAAAUCUAGAAUUGUGGAAGGCCCCUCACCUGAGGUAGCAACAGACACUGAAUCCCAAUUGUGGGGGGCCCUCACCUGGGGUAGCAACAGACACUGAAUACAAUUGUGGAAGGCCCCUCACCUGAGGUAGCAACAGACACUGAAUCCCAAUUGUGGGGGGCCCUCACCUGGGGUAGCAACAGACACUGAAUCCCAAUUGUGGGGGGCCCCUCACCUGCGGUAGCAACAUACACUGAAUACAAUUGUGGGGGGCCCUCACCUGGGGUAGCAACAGACUGAAUACAAUUGUGGGGGGCCCUCACCUGGGGUAGCAACAGACUGAAUACAAUUGUGGGGGGCCCUCACCUGGGGUAGCAACAGGUACUGGAUUCAAUUGUAGGGGGCUCUCACCUGGGGUGGCAACAGGCACUGAAUCCCAAUUGUGGGGGGCCCUCACCUGGGGCUCAAAGUGGGGGUUUUGGGGGACCAACAACUGAAGUUCUCCCACGAGGUGCUCCGUUGCCGCCCCCGCAUGGGGGCGCCACUUCCGUUGUCCUCCCCCACGGGGCACAGAACACCCCCGGUCACCACGGUCGGUCACCACAGCCGCCACCGCGGGUUCCCGUCGGCCGUGGCCGGUCACCGCCAAUACCCCAGGUCUCUUGAUUUCCGUCGCCGAUGGCUUCGGUGGCCGUGGCGGCUGGGCCGGACCCGCGGGCGGACUUCCCCGCGUGGCUCUCGGCCCAGGGCAUGAAGCUGCCGUUCGCCCAGGCCAUGGAGCGGGAGCUGGGGAUCGGGGACUACGAGGAUCUGCUGGCGUGCGCCGAGGACGCCCAGGUCACCCUGGAGCUGCUGGCCACGGCGCGCCAGCGCCUGCCCUUCGCCCUCUACGCCGCCCUGCGCCGCGUCGUCAAGGCGGCCGGGGGCAGCCAGGGGCCCCGGGGGCCCGAGUGGCUGCCGCACGAGGGCGCCGAGCAGCCCGGCCUGGCCGCGCUGCUCGACGCCAUCGUGGCCACGCUGCAGACGCUGGGCCAGGAGCUGCUGCAGUCUGCGCUCAGGUUCAGCCGACUCGACCAGGCGCUGGGACCCGGGGACAGCGCUGGGAUCAGCCCUGAUGAGAGAAUGGAGCGGCACGAGGCCGACCUCAGCGAUCCCUUGGCGGAGGAGCCGGGGCCCCUGGGUGGCGACGCGCAGCUGGAGCCAGGGCCCGGCAGCCCCGCCACGUGGGGCGGCAUCGUGGUGAAGAAGGAGCGCCCAGACGAGCUAGAGGAAACAGGGUCUCUGGCGGAUGAGGCCCUGGGGGAGGCUCUGCUGGAGGAGGGAGUUAGAGGAGCGGAAGAACUCAAAGGAGAGGACCAAGGAAGCUGGAGGGAGGAGCCGCCAAGCUCUGCAUACCAGUCGCAGUACCCAGGUGCCGUGCGGAAGCAGAGGGCCAUGGAGGUGGCACCGCUGCCGUUUCAGACACACGGCCUGCAGCAGCAACAGCAGCACAAGCGUUCUCCGCUCAGCCUCAACGGGAACAGUGUCUGCGCGUGGCCAUACGUGGCCGGUGGCGGCGGUGACACGUCGUUGUGGAUGGCAGUACCUCCAGAUGGCACCACGCCGCCCGUUAUGCCACCCCCGCUGGGCCCCGUGCCCCCCGCAGGUCUCCAUUCGACACCACGCGGUGCCCCAGGCGUCCCGAACCCGGAGAAGCUGGCGCGAUUGCGGUGCCGACACUGCGGGAAGGCCUUCCGCAGCAACGCCGACCUGGUGCGGCACGUCCGUGUGCACACGGGCGAGAGGCCCUACGUGUGCGGCAUCUGCGGCAAGCGCUUCAACCAACCGGGGCCCCUCUCCACGCACCGCCGUGUGCACACUGGUGAGCAGCCCUACGGCUGCCUGGUGUGCGGCAAACGAUUCUCACAGGCAUCCGGCCUGCACCGCCACCAAAAGACGCAGCACGCCCUGGACGUUGCACGUGGCCCAACCAGCCUGCCUGUCUCGCUGACAGGCCCCAUGGGCCUGCAUGACCCUCUGAUGGACCCCACGGGUCUGCACGAUUCUUUUACAGGCCCUGCGGGGCUGAAUGACUCUCUCAUAGGCCCCAGCGGUCCACCUGACUCGACGGGUCACACCGUCCCGCAAGACUCUCUCUGACGAAGCUCACACGGUCUUCCCAUUGUGUGCGGCCUCGCGUGAACGGACUGGUGUCCGUGUGGGCCGUGAGCUUGGCUCAGUUCUAAGCUCCCUGGUCACGGCGGUUAGGAGUGGAGGUCAUGGAGUCAUGAAUUGUGGUUGUAGGGGUCACUGCAGGUGCUCGGUCGGAGUUUGGGAGCCUCAGUUUUACAGGAAUUUAGAGACUGCAGCAAAACAGCGAAGACAGGAACAAUUACUGUCAAAUUGAUUGGGCACUGCUGGUGUAAUUUAAUACAUUUAACUUGUUAUGGCUAAUAAAGAAUUAAAUCUUUCGUGACUGCAUAAAUUACUCAUUGGUUUUUUCGGUAAAGUCACGUAUGUAGGAAUACCGUACAAUUAUAUUAAAACAGAUCAAUCACGACGUUUUGACCGCAACACAAGCGAUCUGCAUCAGGUGUAAAAGAAAAACAAAUCACGGAGGUAAAUACAACAAGUAGAAGAGAGACGAGAAUUAAACAAACCCAAGAAAAAAUGUGAUGCACAACCAGUCAGGUCAACAACACAGACACCUGGCGGACCACGAAUUUCAGAAAAGUGUUAAAUUUCAUGUUCAACCUCUCGAUUGAACUUACCAGCAUAGAGUCACGAAAGCUUUAAUUCUCUAUUAACACACUUCUACGGGGAAGUUACCAAUUCUGUCCUAAACGUGGUGUGCCCCUUACUUGCUCCUGCCCUCCUCCCCCGCCUCUGCUGCGUUGCAGCCUGUGCUUCCUCCUGCUCCUCCCCCCGCUUCUGCUGCUGUGCCCUUUCUCUCUGGCCCCUCACCCCACCUUCACUUCUUAUUUAAGGCUUCUGUUCAUCCAACUCCCUUUUCCUCUCUUCUCUGUCCGUCCUUGCCUCUUGGUGUCUCUGUAUAUGUAUUUCUGACUUGUACCUCGUAUUUGUUCACUCUGUCUAUGCUGGUAAGUUUAAUCGAGAGGAUGAACACGAAAUUU